AUGGAAGAUAAUACCUCCCCAUGGAGAGCAUUAGCGGAAAAAGAAUAUCAUCCAAGAAGCGCCAUAAUGGGAGCAACUGCAAUUACAGGACUUCGUCCAUUGCAUAUUUACAGUGAUGAAAUUUUGUUGUCGAAUCUCACAAACAACAACCAGAAAUUGCAAAAUAUUUCAUGUUUUAACAGGAAUGGCUAUUUUCCUUUCCCGUCGACGAUCUUCCGGUAUGACCGAAUCCAUUUGCAAAAAUUGUUUGAUCAGAUAAGAGCAUUUUUCAAUACCAAAAAAAAAAUUUAUGCGCGAAAGAAUAGCUCAUCGUUGAUGGAACUCCAUGAUAGCGGUAUAUUACGGUACAAAGGACCUCCUCUUCUUCAAAACCUUUCAUGCCGCACAUUUCAGUUUCAUCCAUUCAUCGUCGAUCGUCUUCGGAUAUUGUACUACAACCAGUCUUUCAUUUAUUCAAAUUACGGUGCCGCCUUUGAUUUCCAUAACACGAAUGCCACUAUCAAUAUCCUGGUAAUAUUCUGA